AUGCCGAGUGAGAGAAUUCACAUCAAUGUGGUGAUCAUUGGCCAUGUGGAUAGUGGUAAAUCCACAACUACUGGCCACCUAAUCUAUAAAUGUGGAGGAGUUGAUCCCAGGACUAUUGAGAAAUUUGAGAAAGCAGCUUCUCAGAUGGGGAAGACUUCUUUCAAGUAUGCCUGGGUCUUGGAUAAACUGAAAGCAGAAAGGGAGCGAGGCAUCACUAUCGACAUUUCCUUGUGGAAGUUCACUACUCGUAAAUACAACAUCACCAUUAUUGAUGCACCAGGACACCGGGAUUUCAUCAAAAACAUGAUCACUGGAACCUCGCAGGCUGAUGCAGCCCUUCUGGUGGUGUCAGCAGCCAAAGGCGAAUUUGAAGCGGGGGUUUCAAGAAGUGGCCAGACCCGGGAACACACCUUGCUGGCCUACACUCUUGGAGUCAAGCAGCUGAUUGUCUGUGUGAAUAAGAUGGACCUGACUGAGCCCCCUUACAGCCAGAAUAGGUUUCAAGAUGUUGUUAAGAAUGUUGCUAUCUACAUCAGGAGGAUAGGUUAUGAUCCUACUGCUGUGCCGUUUGUGCCAGUCUCAGGCUGGAAUGGUGAGAAUAUGUUGUCCCCCAGCCAAAAGAUGCCAUGGUUUAAAGGGUGGAAAAUCAAACGCAAGGAAGGCAAUGCAAGUGGCAAAACACUACUUGAAGUUCUGGACUCUAUUUUGACUCCUGUUCGGUCAGUCAACAAACCCCUGAGGUUGCCUUUGCAGGAUGUCUACAAAAUUGGGGGUAUUGGCACGGUACCAGUUGGAAGAGUAGAGACUGGGGUCUUGAAGCCUGGUAUGCUGGUGAACUUCUCCCCUGCUAACUUAUCGGCAGAGGUCAAGACCAUAGAAAUGCAUCACCAAGGCAUUUCAACAGCGUUCCCUGGACAUAACAUUGGCUUCAACAUCAAGAAUAUUUCUGUGAAGAAUCUCAGACGUGGUGAUGUGGCAGGGAAUGCCCACAGUGACCCACCCUCUGAUGCGUUAAGUUUUACAGCACAGGUGAUCAUCCUUAACCACCCAGGGCACAUUAAGGCAGGCUACUCGCCAGUGAUUGACUGCCACACAGCCCAUGUCACCUGCAAGUUUGCAGAGCUGAAAGCAAAGCUGGAGAGGAGAACUGGGAAGAAGUUGGAGGAUGAUCCUUUAGUGUUGAUAUCUGGAGAUGCAGCCACUAUAAAGCUGGUUCCCAAAAAACCUUUCUGUGUGGAGAGCUUCUUUGACUAUCCUCCUCUGGGACGCUUUGCAGCCAGGGACCUGAAACAAACUAUAGCAGUGGGAGUUAUCAAAUCUGUGGAGAAGAGAAAUGGAAGUCCGAAAAAGAAAAUUUCAGUUUAAAUAAGAACUUGCAUAUUUUUGUUCAGUGUUGCACAGAUUUCUAAAGUUUAAAGCCAUAAGAUUUCAAAGCCAGAUUUUUUUUUUUUUUUUGUGGCAAUGUUAAGUUUAAAGGACAGUUUUGUUGUAUAACUGUUGCAACACUAAGCACAAGGUAGCUGGCUUUGGGUUAUUGAAAGGCACUACUGGUACUAAAGUGCAUGUUUUGUGUUAAUAAAUCUUAAAUGUUACCCUGCCUGCUCUUGAUUCUUUUGUAGAAUCUCACUAGAAUGCUUUGACAUUCAGUAGCUGAUUGUUUAAAGCGAAUUCAAACUUGACUACAUUUUAGAAUAGUGUGACUUCAACCAGUCUGGCUGAAAGACCAAGCAUGCCCAUGCAAUUUUGGUUGUCCAUUGAUCUUAAAGUAUAGAUUUACAACUCCCAAGGACUGAACUGGAGUUGGCUUGAGGGUGUGUUGUCUGAUCAAGAAACAAAUUUUGUACAGGUUUGAUUGCAUUAGUUGGAAUAAAUAAUGGUAUGCCAAUUAUUCAGACUUUCAAUUAGCCACAAAGCUUUUUAUAUAAACCAUUUUUACACAAGUUGAUUAUAUAUAAAAAUUUGUCAAUGGCUGCAUUCAUUGUAUA